AUGGAAGAAAAGUGGGUAAACAAGCAAAGGACACUUAUCGUCUGCUCCAGAGGAGUUUCACACCAAGAGCGUCACCUGAUCACUGAUCUGAUCCGCCUUCUUCCACACAGUAAAAAAGAAACCAAGCUAGAUCGAAAAACACAAGUCUCGACCUUAGCAGAGCUUGCCGAAAUGCAUUCGUGCAAUAAUUGCAUUUAUCUAGAGAGCAGAAAACACAUUUCCUUCCUUUGGAUUGCGAAUUUCCCUUCUGGACCUUCUGCCAAGUUCUUGCUCCAAAGUGUCCACACAAGUAGUGAGCUUAAAUUGUCAGGAAAUUGCUUAAAAGGAUCAAGACCACUUUUAUCAUUCGACAACAGCUGGAGCGAAAAACCCCAACUUCAGCUGCUUCAACAUAUGUUGACACAAACUUUUAGCACACCUUUAAAACACCCUAAAUCAAUGCCAUUUGUGGAUCACGUUUUAAGCUUUAACCAAGCACAAAAUAAAAUAUACCUAAUCAUAUAAAUUUACAUAUAAAAAAAAUUAUUUUUCAAAAAUUUGAAUUUUAUUUAAAAAAAAAUAUUUUUCAGAAAUUUCGAAAUGAUACAAAGUAAUAGUGAAAUCGCGCUGGUAGAAAUCGGCCCAAGGUUUACUUUGACUCCUAUAAAGAUUUUUGAAGGAGCACUUACAGGAGAGACGCUAUAUAAGAAUGAAGCUUAUGUUAAUCCUAGAGAGCAAGAGAUGAAGUACAAGAUGGAGGUGAAAGUAAAAAGAAGAAAUAAAAAAAAUAAGCAAAAGUUUGAAGUUGGUCCUGAGGAGUCUGAUGAAUAA